AACAAUUUCCCUUAAGAACGUCGUGAAGAACAAUCCCUCUCACCGACCCAAGUUUUGAAACACUACUGUAAACCUCAGUUUAAAAGGAGAGAAGGAAACAUCAAACGCGUGGAGGUGAGGUGAGGUGAGGUGCGAUGGCCGUGUGUGCUUGUAAGGACGCAUUCUCUCUCUUUGCUCCUGCUUCUGCUCCUGCUCCUACUAUUUGUGCCCCUCUCUCUUUCUCUCUUAUAUCUCCUCCUUCCACCCUUUUCCCCUCUCUCUCCUCUUCUGCCAAGAUAUUGAAGAAGCCUAUUCUCGCUAUCUCUCUCGCUGUGCCUCAAAAGUAUGUAUAUCCCGACCCCAUACCCGAAUUUGCAGACAAGGAAACACAAAAGUUCAAGGCUGAGCUCUUGAAGAAGCUAUCCAAGGACAAGGAUACUUUUGGCAAUGACUGUGAGAAGGUGGUCAACAUAUGUGCAGAGAUAUUCAAUGAUUUCUUGCACAAGGAAUAUGGCGGUCCUGGCACCCUCUUGGUGGAACCCUUUACUGAUAUGCUGGUUGUCCUCAAAGAAAAGAAAUUGCCUGGAGCACCAGUAGCUGCAAGAGCUGCUCUCUUAUGGGCCCAAAAUUAUGUUGAUAGAGACUGGGAAAAUUGGACCUUACAACCUGAUAAAUGACUAGGCUCUUCUCAUUCUGUUCUUUCUCACUCCUUGCUAUUAUUGUUGGGAGUGCAUGACCAGAUGCAGCUGAUUAAUACUAUCAUUGAGAGAAUAAGUUGCCAUCCUCUGCUCUCAAGGACAGGGCUCUGAAUUUUUAAGAGAGAAACAGCAGUCACACACAUUGAAUAACAUUGAUAUGAUUCUGUAUUUUGGAUGGAUGUAGUUUAUGACGGGCUCAAUCAAUAGCAUGUGCAUUUUGUCAUUGUUAAGAGUUAUUUCAAGAGGUUGCUGUCUACGUUAA